UUUACUAUUGGCGACGACAUAAAGAUUUGGGGGGGGGGGGGGGAAAGACGCCACUUACACGUCCGUAGCUCAUGUAACCAAAAUAAAAGUUGUCCAUGUGAACGACUGGUGCUCGUUGAAACGUGAUGGCGGAUCCUGCGGUGGCAACGGGCGCUUCGCUGGCUGUUGGCGGGCGUGCAGGUGGCAAUAAAGCAGCCAACAGCCCGGUGGAGAACUACCAGCUGGCUCGACGACGGACCCUGCAGGUGGUGGUGAGCGCCCUCCUGACAGAGUGCGGCUUCGACUGCGCCGAGAAGGCGGCCGUGGAAACACUCACUGAGAUGAUGCAGAGUUAUAUAACAGAAAUCGGGCGCUGCACUAAAUCAUAUUGUGAACACACAGCCAGAAGCGUCCCAACUCUGUCGGAUACUGUGGUGACACUCAUUGAAAUGGGAUUCAAUGUCGACACACUGCCCAUCUAUGCCAAGCGCUCUCAGAGGAUGGUCAUCACCGCACCUCCAGUCACCAACCACCCGAUGACGCCCAAAGCGUUGUCAGCCGGACAGAAGCGUACACACCCACCUCACAUACCUGGCCACUACCCGGAAUUCCCAGACCCGCACACCUACAUCAAAACCCCCACGUUUCGCGAGCCCGUGUCGGACUACCAGGUGGUGCGCGAGAAAGCGGCAACUCAGAGGCGGGACGUGGAGCGGGCGCUCACACGCUUCAUGGCCAAGACCAGCAAAACCCAGAGCCUCUUCAAAGACGACAUCACCACCUUCCCGCUGAUCGCCGCGCAGCCGAGCGCCAUCCCUUACCUCGGCGCCCUCCUGCCGUCCGAGCUGGAGCUGCAGACUUUGGAGGAAACGGACUCGUCGGAGCAGGACGACCAGACGGACGGCGAUAUCGCGGCCGGGAACGUCAUGAACGACGACCCGGUGGUGGACAAAGAGAACGCCAUGCUUCCUCCAGGCGGCGCCAUCAUGUCCACGAAAGGCAGCGAGGACAACGUGAUCGACAACCCGUACUUGCGGCCGGUCAAGAAGCCCAAAGUGAAGAGGAAGAAAUGAGCCUCAGCCACACAGGAUGCGGGCAAGCCUUCAAUUUUUUUUUUCUUCCACUUCCUCCGCGGAGGACCGCCAGGGUAACCUGGAUUCUCCAACUCAAGAGAACUUUAGUUUAAUUCCAUUUUUUGCUUGAUUUCUAUGAGCACUCGUUUAAAAGCAUCAUUUUGUAAUCUGGUGACACAAAGCUGCCAUUUUGUGAAUAAAGUUUUUUUUUCCCCUU